UCAACUAUCUGGUAAUCGUAAAAAUAGAGUCAAUCGAAAGCUAAACGGACGGUGGCGGAGCUAAAUUCAGUGUUUUCUUUUUGUACAGUUUAAUCGGGACAGAACAGAACGACGACUUUCAACGAUUCAACGAAUCGUAUUCCAUCUCUGAGUUGGGUUCUCCUUUUCAAUCGCGUAAUUUCUACUCUCAUAUCCAAUUUAGGGUUUCAUUUUGGUUUGGGAUUGGGGAAAACAGGAGUUAUGCGGAUGCUUAAAUGGUCGAGCUUGGGUUUCGAUUGAUUAUCAUGUGGAGGAGUUCCGUUCCUCGAAUUUCUAGUCUUCAAUUGCUAUCUGCGAUGAAAUUGUUUAUGGGUCGCCAAUUUCUUUCUCUGUCUGCAUUUGAUGUGGCUUCCGAGGCCUUCUCUGAACACCUUUCUCGUUUGAUCGUCGUUAUCUGACUAUCUGCUGUUUGCGUUCUGGAUUUUAUCGCCUUCUCUUUUUCUCGAUUUCUGUUUCUUUUUCUUCGUCUUUCUGAUUUACGAUGAGUUGCGGUUCGGAUUUGAUGUCUGGGAACUCCGAGGCUGAUGAUCGUGAGAUUGUAGAGAAGGAUCCAACAGGACGAUACAUUCGGUACGAUGAGAUUUUGGGUAAAGGGGCAUUCAAGACAGUAUACAGAGCAUUCGACGAAGUCGGUGGAAUCGAAGUUGCUUGGAGCCAAGUUGACAUUGAAGAUGUUUUGCAGUCACCAGAACAGCUUCAGAGAUUAUAUUCUGAGGUUCAUCUGCUGAAGUCUCUGAAACAUGAAAAUAUAAUCAAAUUCUAUUGCUAUUGGGUUGAUGAUAAGAACAAGACUAUCAACAUGAUUACAGAAUUGUUCACUUCUGGGAGUUUGAGGCAAUAUCGAAGGAAGCAUAGGAAAGUUGACUUGAAAGCCUUCAAGAAUUGGGCGAGGCAGAUACUGCGAGGCUUGACGUAUUUACAUGGUCACAACCCUCCAAUUAUUCAUAGGGAUUUGAAAUGUGAUAAUAUAUUUGUCAAUGGAAAUACGGGAGAUGUUAAAAUUGGAGAUCUCGGUUUGGCGAUUGUCAUGCAGCAGCCUACUGCUCGAAGUGUUAUUGGCACUCCAGAGUUCAUGGCUCCAGAACUUUAUGAUGAGGAGUAUAAUGAGCUUGUUGAUAUCUAUUCUUUUGGCAUGUGCAUGUUGGAAAUUGUGACUUGUGAAUACCCAUAUAGUGAGUGCAAAAAUUCUGCCCAAAUAUUCAAGAAGGUUACUUCGGGUAUAAAGCCUGCUUCCCUCGAAAAAGUGCUGGAUCCCCAAGUUAAGCAGUUCAUAGAGAAGUGUCUGGUUCCAGCAUCCAUGAGACUACCUGCAAGUGAACUCUUGAAAGAUCCCUUCCUUGCAACUGAAAGUCCCAAGGAGCAUAGUUUUGAACCUUUAAGGUUAUCGAAUGAGCCGUUCAAAUCUGAAAAUCCUCCUGUGCUAGCUUCUCAUUCAAUGGACACAGACCAUAACUGCAGCAAAUUCUCAGGCUCAGUGGUCUCAUCUGUCAAAAGCGAUAACGACAUUUCUCAGUUUUCAACUCUCGAACUUCAGAGGCUCACCGAGACUAAUGAAUUGACGCUAAAAGGGGACAUGACUGAUCAUAAUACAAUUUCGUUCCAUUUGCGCAUUGCUGAACUAAGCGGUAAAUCGAAGAAUAUCCAUUUUGCCUUCUAUCUCGACUCUGAUACUUCAUUGGCUAUUGUUUUGGAGAUGGUUGAACAACUCGAACUGUCAAAUGAAGACGCGACUGUCAUAGCGAAAUUAAUCGAUGAAUUAAUUGCCAAGUUUGUUCCCGACUCGAAACCAUGUCCAAACUAUUAUCACGGACAAAACACUACACACAGUUCUUCUGAAAGUGAAACUCAAGAGGACAAGACCUUCAUUCCUCCUUUCUUCUCUGAGAUGGUACUAUCAUCUCCCAUGGUGGCUGGUGCAGGGAACAACCCGACGCAUUUCACCAAGGUGGAAGAUCAAGAAAACCUACAGUCGAUCAUUUCGUGUGCAUCGCUCGACUUCAAUCACUCAACUAUCUCAGAUUACAGCACAGGAAAAGGAACAAUGGAUUUCGAUGCUGUUGGAUCUAUUUCGACGAUGAUCGAUUUCGCAAACCCAUCUCUAAUCUCCUCCUGCUCAGGAAUGUCGAAAGAAAUGAGUUCGUCGAACUUUUCGAGCCUUUCUCUGGAAGAAAGAGAUCACCAAGAUGAACUGAAGAUGGAGAUUGAUGCCAUUGACUUACAGUACCAUCAGUGCCUUUGUGAACUGUCAAGAAUGAGAGAGGAAGCAAUAGAAAGUGCGAAGAAGAGGUGGAUGUCAAAGAAGAAAGCUCCUGCUUUUUGAAGCCUUCCUUUUUCCUUUGGAUUUGCAAAUUCUCUUUCUUUCUUGGCAAACUCUUGCUUGCAGAAUGGUAACUUUUCUUUUCAUUUUUUGUUUCUAAACUACUGACUGACUGCUAUUCUUUGCA